GGACACAAAUGGGUUAACUGUACAGCAAACCUGACUUUAAAAAAAAGCUUGAGGGGACUGGCAGACUUUCCAUUCAGCACACAAACAACUGCACAAGGUUCAGUCAUUCAGCUUUUCACAGCCUGUUCAUUCGGAAACAAAGACCUCCUGGAUGCAAGGUAAGUACUGGAAAACGACAAAAUGUAACUGCAUUUUUGUGACUGCGUGACUUUGAAAUAACAACUGGUUGUCUGUGUUGAAUUGGUGUUUCUUUACUUCUCACAGCUGGAAUGCACACCAUUGUGUUGUUAGUGCUGUGGGUAGUGGGAACAUCAUUGGUGUUGCCAGACCCCGACACAGCAGGAGCAGAGAAAGUGGUCGAAGAGCCUAUUCCAUGUUCUAAAGGAUGCACCUGUUUCCAUGAUGACUACAGUUUGGAGCUCAACAUGUACUGCAGUACUCGGAACUUCACGCAAGUCCCACCAGACAUGCCCACAACAACCCACUCGCUCUGGUUAGACGGCAACUUGUUUACCACGCUACCUGCAUCAUCCUUCAAGGAUCUGUCCAACCUGGACUUUUUGAAUCUCCAGAGCGGCCAGCUGGUAACGAUUGACCCUCAGGCUUUCAAAGGACUUCGGUCACUUGCACACAUCCACCUGGAGCGUAAUCGCCUGAGGACAUUACCGGGUACAAUCUUCCAGAACACACCUUACCUUGCAUCGCUGAGUUUGCAUAACAACCAGCUCUCUCGUAUUGAGGACAGACUGUUUGCAGGACUCUCGCACAUGUGGCUUCUCAACCUAGGCUGGAACUCAAUCGCUGUUCUUCCUGAGACGGUUUUCCAGGACCUACAUGGUCUACGUGAGCUCAUUCUUGCAGGAAACCGUCUUGCCUACUUGCAGCCACAGCUUUUCCAAAGUCUUGUUGAGCUCAAAGAGUUGGAUCUGACUGGAAAUUACCUCAGGGUCAUCAAAGCAAAUGUGUUUCUUAAACUCACUAAACUGCAAAAGCUCUACCUUGCCCAGAACCAGAUUGUGACCGUGGUGCCAAGAGCGUUCGGUGGCAUGAAGUCACUCAGAUGGCUGGAUCUCACCAACAACAGACUGACUUCUCUUCAUGAUGACACCUUCUUGGGUUUGCACAGUCUUCAUGUUCUGCGCCUUUCCAACAACUCCAUCACCGGAAUCAGACCCAGGACUUUCCGAGAUCUGCAGUACUUGGAAGAGCUACGACUCAGCUACAACAGAAUUCGAGCCUUGGGGGAAAGGAUCUUUGAAGGACUUGGUCAUCUGGAGGUUCUAGAGCUUGAGCACAAUCAAGUUCAAGAAGCCCAAAUGGGUAGUUUCACAGGCCUCUCUCAUGUUGCUGUCAUCAAUCUGUCUGGGAGCUGCUUUCAGAGUCUGCCAGACCAAGUGUUCAAAGGUCUGUCCAAGCUCCACAGCCUCCAUCUUGACAGAGGUUGCCUAACAAGGAUCACAACUCACGCUUUCACUGGACUCUCGGGUCUGCGGAGGAUUUUCUUGCAGCACAACAACAUCUCAGUGGUGGAACGGCAGAGCUUUGUGGACCUAGUGGGCCUACUGGGACUGGACCUACGCUACAACAAGUUGGAGGUUCUCACACCUUAUACAUUCUCAGGCCUUCAGAAUUUGGAGUACUUGCUGUUGUCCAACAAUGAAUGUCGACAGUUUUUGCAGAACGGCACCAGGCAGCUACUUCCAAGACUACGCUAUCUGGACCUGAGGGAGAAUGUCUUAACAAGCAUGGUCCCUGAUUUUCCAGAGAGCAUGGAAAAGCUGUUGCUGUCUGGGAAUCGUUGGAAAUGUGACUGCGGUGUCUUGCCACUUAGAAACUACAGCCUAAGAAAUCCAUCAGUGAUACCUCGCCAAGUGGAGACCCAUGCAGAGGGUGAGGAACCUGACACAACAAUCACCAUAUACAACAACAUCACAUGCACCAGCCCACCACGUCUAGCUGGUCAAGACCUGCGGGACAUUGAUAAUGAACACUUCCAAAGCUGCUGAGGAAAUAUGCAUCGAUGUGUUUGUGUCAAAGAGAAUAUUUUUGUUUACUUCUUAUAGUUUGAACAAUUUAGAUUUAUUUUGAUUUAAGGAUUUUGAACAUAAAUAAAGUAGGUUGUCAUCAAUGAAACUCUUUCAUGAGGCACUUUUUUAUGUUGUGGGUGGUGUAAAACAUAUCUCUUUCUCUCUUGAUGUCGAUUCAGUUUUUUGUUCUACAUAUCCAGAUAAAUCCUUUUCAGAUCAGAUUUGAAGAUAAACUUUCUGUGAACAGACCAAGAAGGUUUUUUUUUGUGUCUUUUUAGAGUCAUAUUUGUAUGCUGUAACGUCUAAUUUUUGUCAAAUAAUUGUAAAGUGUGGGCUCUCUGUGGAAGGAAUUUAACAUUUAACUCUCAAAUAGUUUGAGAUAUUUUCCUCCUUAUAUUUGAGUGUAAAAUGUUUGCCACAUUGUAAUGAUGUUUUAUGGUUUCUAUUUAGAGACACAGUUCCACAGGAUAUUGUAAAGUAGUUAAAAUUGAAGUGUGAAGCAUUUAAAACAAUGCUUCUCAGAGUGUGUGGUGUGCCCUGCAGGUGGGGAAUGGAGACAUGGCAGGUGGGAUGUGAAAACUCCUCUUAAAUGCCUUUCUGUAUUUUCAAUAAAUACAGUACAUUCACUGUAAAUGAAUUACCCACACACAAAAUAAUAAUAAAUAGCCUACAUGUAGCUGAAAUUAAAAGAUCCAUAAAUUAUUAGACAACAUUAGGUAGGGAGAAAAACGUAAUGUGGAACUAAAGUGCAAAAAUAACGAUUUACUUUGAAACAUGAUGUUCCUUGUUUCUUGUUAGUUCAAUCAAUUUGACGAUGUGUAAGUUGUCAGGAUUUUUGUUUGGGCAAUGGGCGCAACUGGAGCUUGAAAAUUCCGCUUUGUUCAACCAAUAUUAGUUUUUUUGGACUGACCAAAAAAGUUUGAGAACCACUCAUUUAAAACAAGUAUGGGCUAAAAACACAAGAUAGGACAGCAGCAGAUGGGAAACCAUUAAACAGUAAUAGCGAAAUUACUUUUGGUGUUCAAGUAUCCUCAACAAUAACAUUUCACAGCUGUAGAGUAGCAAAUAAGCCAGGGGCAAUAAAUACGCUUCCGUUGAUCAUUUACAAGACUUGAGGGUGAACAAACAUUAAAAGUCAGAAUGAAAUGUUUGUCCAACUCGUACAAUGAAAUCUCUGAAACAGGUUAUGUUGUGUGAACUGUUGAGUGUAAUGAAGUUGUCUCUGGAAAAAUAAACUACACACAAAGUGUUUAAAUGGCAG